AUGGGUAAAUCUAAAAACUUAGAAGAUGUUGGUGAAACUUUACCACAUGAAACAGUAGCUCAUACAACUACGACAACCACCAAUGCUACUUCAGCUGCUGCCGAAGAUGGCGAAGAAGGUGGAACUCUCAUUGGAAGUAUUAUCAAGAAUAUCAAGGUAGGAGGUGACUUGACAUCGAUUAACAUUGCUGGUUCACUUGUAUUGCCGAAAUCAAGUGUCUGCUAUUUCUCUGAGAAUUCCUCCCCAUUCUUUAAUAUAUUAAUAAAAUGUAAUGAUAUUGAAGAUGAUUAUCAAAGAAUGCUUGAAGUAUUUAAAUAUCUUAUGACAACAAGAUGGUUACCAAAAGAACUUACAAAAAAACCAUUGAAUCCAGUACUUGGUGAAACAUUUGAGGCUAAUGUAAAGUAUUCUGAUUCAGAUGCAGAGAUUACCGCUUUUGCAGAGCAGAUAUCUCAUCAUCCACCAUGUACAUCAUCGGAGAUCUACUGUAGAAAGGCAGGUAUCAAAGUAAACUAUUUCACACCGGUCAAAGUCAACUUUAUGGGUACAUACAUCAAACUGACGCUUGACGGUGCCGUCCAAAUUCAUUUCGAAAAGUUUGGUGAAACCUUCUCCUGUACAUCGCCACCAGUAGCUAUUCGUCUAUUCCGUGGUUUCAGCGAGUAUGCUGGUGAAUCAGUACUCACCUCCUCAAAGAGUAAAUAUAGAAUUAAAGCAACCUAUUAUCCAAAACCAUUAUUAGUUGGUCAUUAUAAUUGUUUGGAGGCAACAGUUUAUAAUGGUGAGGAAAAGAUACAGAGGAUCAAAGGUCAAUGGGAUGAAGAGUUAAAGAUUGCACCCUACAAAGAUAAGAAAGCAGAGUACAAGACGUUCUACAAUAAGAAGGAAUAUACACCGGGUGAAGUUGUUCAGGUCAGCGCAGACAAACAACUACCUACCAACUCGAAUGUCGUAUGGGGUGCUCUCUUUGAUGCUAUAAAGACAGGUCAACCCGGUAAAGCGAUCAACAAGGAGAAGACCAAGGUAGAAGAAGAACAACGAAGAAAAGCUGCCGAAAGAAAAGAAAAGAAUGAACAAUGGAAACCCGCUCACUUUACUCAAGAUAGAGAUGGUUUCUGGUCAUUGAAUCCCGAACUUCACAAAUAA